GAGCAUAUUGACAGUGUUGUACUAUCAGUGGUUUCAAUGUAACCUUGGAUUAAGCUUGGAUUAUUAGCUAAAUAUAAAUGAUGAUGAUGGAAAACUAUUACAAAGGACAUAAUGGAAGUCGUUUUGGACAUUCAUUUGAGCAAAAAGACAACUCAGACUUUAAUACGUUGGUUCUGGAUUUAUCACGCAAGAAGCACGUGACGUCUACAUUAUCCGAAGUCGGAAUAAUUCAACCCAUUGGCUUAUCGCAAACUUUAUCUUCAGCAAAGGAGCAAAAAUAUCAAGAAAUACAUUUUCUAGAUGAAAAUACACAGACUCCUAUCGCAGGCAGUAGUGCCAUGCUAUCACCAUAUUCCGAAUCAAAUUCACCGAAAAAGAUGAAGACUGAUUCUGUAGACUAUCAUGAAAAUAGUAACCAAUUGAAACUUACUGUGCCAUUAACAAAUACGCAUAAUAUUACUCCAGGAGUAACAAUGGUAACGCCUCAGCAGCCAUCGCUACUUGCAUUCCCGAACGAAGCCACGAAUAUUCCCGUAGUAUCGAAAAUAUAUUUACCGUAUAUAGAAACACCACAAUCUUUUAUAACGAAUAAUGAGAUCAGAAAAAUCGUUUCCAUGCCAACAGAAUGCUCGACGUCGGAUAUGAAACUAUCAACGUCUUCGGAGAAGAAAACGCCAAGACCUUUUAAGGCAUACCCAAACAAUUUUUUGACUGUUGUUAACACUGUUGAUCAUAAUUCGAAUGAGAACUAUGCAAAGUUCCGUCAGAUGAUACUUGAAAACGUACAAAAAAUGAACAAAAAUACAUCGAAUCCUAAAAUGCGUCGAACACCUAGGUCUGUUAGCAGUCCUGGAUUGCCUACUAGUACCGUCGAUGAGAAAGAUGCUAUUUAUUGGGAAAGAAGAAAAAAAAAUAAUGAAGCAGCGAAACGUUCUAGAGAUGCUCGAAGGGCUAAGGAAGACGAGCUCGCAAUUCGAACGAGUUUCCUCGAAUACGAGAAUGCGCAACUGAGGAUGGAAGUACAGAGACUCAAGAUGGAAGCAGAAAGACAUAUUUAUUUACAAUAAUUUGUAUUAAAAUAAUUUGAUUAGUUGUGAAUUAUUAUUACGGCAUGUGAUAUCUAGGCUGCGUUCCACUCAACAUUCGCAACGCUUUUUGUAAUGCAAAUUAAUACGGAUUAAAAUUUAAUAUGUAAAAUUGUUAAAGUAUUUGAUUUGUGCAAACAGAGAUAUUAAAAAUGUCGAGCAUCGUUUGUCCUUGUUUAACAUUUGAUAAAUGACAAGGAUGAAAUGAUUUCACGAGCGUUGUGUUAAGUGGAACACAGCCCUAGUAUACAAUAACGGAUUUACGCCGAAUUUCUUCAUUUCUAGAUAAAUUGCGAGUAACUUUAUCCAGGAGAUAUCCCAUUGUAAAUCUGAAAAAAUUUAUGGAUAAAAUUAUCUAGAGGUGAAAAAAUUGGGUAUUAACAUGAUGCAG